AGAAAAAUGUGGAGGCUGAAGGUUUCGGAAGGCAAUCAUGAGGAGGAGAAGGGUAGGGUUAAAAGUGUGAAUAAUCAUAUAGGAAGGCAGUACUGGGAGUUUGACCCAAAUCUUGGAACACCCCGAGAGAGAGCUCAAGUGGACAUGGCUCGCCGUGAGUUUCAUAAGAAUCGCUUUCAGGCCAAACAAAGUUCUGACCUUUUAAUGAGACUCCAGUUUGCAAAGGCGAAGGGGUUUGGGAUGGAUGAGAAUGAGAAUGAGAAGGAGAAGGAGAUGAUGAAAGUAGUAAGAAAAAGUAAUGAAGAAGAAUCAAUGGAUGAUGAAACGGUGGCAGCUACACUGGGAAGAGCCUUGAGAUUCUACUCAACUUUGCAGUGUGACGAUGGAUUUUGGCCUGGUGACUAUGCAGGCCCUUUGUUUCUUCUACCUGCUCUGGUAAUUGGUCUACAUGUAACGGGGGCCCUGCAUACAAUCUUGCCACACCAACAUCAACUCGAGAUUUGUCGCUACCUAUAUAACCAUCAGAAUAAAGAUGGAGGAUGGGGAUUGCAUAUAGAAGGGGAGAGCAUAAUGUUCAGCACAGGGCUGUCAUACGUGGCACUCAGAUUGCUUGGACAAGCGAUGGAUGAUGAAGCCAUGGCCAAAGCAAGGUCAUGGAUUCUCCAUCGAGGAGGAGUCACCUCCAUUCCUCCUUGGGGAAAGAUGUGGCUUUCUGUGCUUGGAGUAUACGAGUGGAGUGGCAACAAUCCCUUGCCCCCAGAAAUCUGGCUUCUUCCUUAUGUUGUUCCCAUGCACCCAGGACGAAUGUGGUGUCACUGUCGAAUGGUAUAUCUGCCAAUGUCAUAUUUGUAUGGGAAGAGAUUCGUGGGACCAAUUACCUCCAUUGUUUUGUCGCUAAGGAGAGAGCUUUAUACCCUUCCCUAUCACCAUAUUCACUGGGACCAUGCCAGAUAUCUUUGCGCUAAGGAAGACUUGUACAAUCCACAUCCAGUGAUACAGGACAUAGUAUGGGGGUGUCUGCAUAAGGUUGGAGAGCCUCUUCUGAUGCGGUGGCCCUUGUCUAAGCUCAGGCAAAAAGCUCUCGAUGCUGUAAUGCACCAUAUUCACCAUGAGGAUCAAACUACUAAUUAUCUCUGCAUUGGCCCUGUCAGCAAGGUUCUGAAUAUGAUAUGUUGUUGGGUGGAGGACCCUAACUCAGACGCAUACAAAUGUCACCUCCCCAGAAUCAAAGAUUACCUUUGGGUUGCUGAAGAUGGGAUGAAAAUGCAGGGAUACAAUGGGUCUCAACUGUGGGAUGUUGCUUUUGCUGUUCAAGCAAUCCUUGCAACAAACUUGCAGGAGGUUGAAGAAUAUUGGUCCAUGCUAAAGAAGGCUCACCAUUUCAUCAAAAACACACAAAUUAAGAAAGAGAGCUGUAACAAUCUGAGUGAGUGUUUCCGACACAUAUCUAAGGGUGGAUGGCCCUUCUCAACUCCAGACAAUGGUUGGCCUGUCUCUGAUUGUACUGCCGAAGCUUUGAAGGCAGCAGUGUUGUUAUCAAGUAUGGCAUCUGAGAAAGCUGGAGAAGCUAUAGGCCCCGACAGAUUAUACGAUGCUGUUAAUGUCAUUUUAUCCCUGCAGAAUGAGAAUGGAGGAUUCGCAUCAUAUGAACUGACAAGAUCAUACGACUGGUUGGAGAUGAUAAACCCAACAGAAACAUUCAAAGAUAUAAUGAUAGACUAUCAGUACGUGGAAUGCACAUCCGCAGCAAUUCAAGGCCUGAAAGCAUUCACAAACAAGUAUCCAGCUCACCGCGCCAGACAAAUCCAAGCAUGCAUUGCCAAAGCUGCUCGUUUCAUACGCUCCAUACAGCAACCCGAUGGCUCAUGGUACGGUUCAUGGGGAGUGUGCUACACGUAUGGCACAUGGUUCGGAAUAAAGGGUCUGGCGGCGGCCGGAAAAACAUACGAAACAUGUAGCAGCAUGAGAAGGGCAUGCGAUUUCCUACUGUCCAAGCAGCUCCCAUGCGGUGGUUGGGGAGAGAGCUAUCUUUCUUGCCAAGACAGAGUUUACACCAAUCUGCAAGGAAACAAACCCCAUAUUGUCAAUACAGCAUGGGCUAUGCUUGCUCUCAUCGAAGCUAACCAGCCUCACAGAGACCCAACCCCUUUGCAUCGUGCAGCAAAGCUCUUGAUCAGUUCCCAAUUCCCUCAUGGAGAUUUCCCACAACAGGAAAUCAUGGGAGUCUUCAACAAGAAUUGUAUGAUCACUUAUUCAGCCUACAGAAACAUAUUUCCCAUAUGGGCACUUGGACAAUAUCUCAACCGUGUGCUCAUGAUAUCAUCCUAAGGACCCACACCAUCUCAAUCUCUUCGUCUAAAUGCUGUAUCUAAGAACUAUGUUAAUCAUAAUGUUAGACCAUGUAAUAUUAAUUUGUGUACAUAUUUUAAGCAAACACGGUCGACUUGAUUAGAGUAAAAAAUAACAAUAAUAAUAAUAAAGUACAAAAAUAUUUGUAUGUUAAUUAACUCUUGUAUUUCCAUUCUCCUAAUUUAGACCCAUCCCUAUUUUAGACUUGUGGUUAAUAUGGAGGUAAUUACUAUUACGCCUUAAAUUAUGCUUUCUUAUAUGAUAAAAUCGACACUGACAACAAUAUUAUGAUCCAAAUGAACCAAAAAAAAAAAAAAAAAAAGAUACAAAA